AUGGCGUCACUUUCACCACCGCGGGGCUGGCUGCUGGUGCUCUGCAUCUGUCUCGUGCUGCUGCCGACCAAAGUCGCUGCGUUUGGCGCAGGGAAUAUUCCGUCGAUUGCGCAGGUCGAGGGCCACAAUUGGCGUCAUGGAGAUAUCGAGGAUAUGUUGACAACCGUUGCCUUCCUGCGUGGAAAGAAAUGGACGUCGAUGCUCAUCAAGAGAACCUACUUUGGCAACUGGCUUCGUGAUUACUCGCAGGCCAUUGACGUUGGCUCUCUCAAGGGCGUCAAUGCUCCCACAAUACGUAUCUUGGUCUGGAUUCUCUCCUUCAUGGCCUUUGGCUACGCCACAGAGGAGUUCGAAGUGACGGAAGAACGCCUGGGCUGUUAUCGUCCCGAGGAGCAUAUCGACAACCCCAAGGGCUACGCUGAUGGCCUUGAUGCUCGCACAUUCGACCCUCGUCUACGUGGCCCUGUUGAUCCUGUUGAAAUCGACAUCGAUAUGAACACUGGCAUGAAGAAUUACAUUGCCAACGAGAGUGGUCGAUGGGCUACGAGUGCCGGCUAUCUCCGAUACAGUUUUGCUCGAAGCAUCCACUUUGGGCGCCUUUAUACUCAUGGAUCAAAGAGCGGCAACGAGGCAGAUUUGAACGAAGCACUCAGGUGCCUCGGCCAGGCCUUGCACUGCAUGGAGGAUUUUAGUGCUCACAGCAAUUACUGCGAGCUAGCCCUCCGCGAGUUGGGCCACCGAGAAGUAUUCCCACACUGCGGAACUCAAUCAGAAAUUUCGAUCCAUGGGAAACAUGUGUUCCCCCUAGUGACUGGUACUUUUGGAGGUGUCGAUUUCCUGCAUUCUGUCAUCGGCGAGGCAAAUGAUCACUUCACCCAAUCCGAAGUCGACGAAGUUGAUAUUGCCCUCUUGAAUGCGGGUGGUGCCGGCGGCAGCGGCGGCGGUGGCGCUUCCAGAGGCCUCUUGGGAAUUGGCGCUCCACGAGAUUUCAUUUCUCUCAUUGCCAAGAUACCUGGCGAUGGUGCUGGCUUCGCCGCUCAAGCUAGAGAGCUCAAGGCCAUGUCAGAUGCUCAAGAUCAAGAAAACGAAGUGCGCUCUCGUUCUGAAGGAAACACCAACGUCAUUCCUGGUGUGAGCCCGAAUUUCGAUCCAGUCAAGACUGCGAAGCGGAUCUACCCCAUAUUGCAGUUCCGUGACAGGAUCGUCAAGGCCAUUAGCCGGGGAAUCGAAAAGAUCCCCGGCCUCGAGAAACUCCUCGAGCACAUCAGUGAGACGCUGACUGCCUUUAUCCUUGGUCUCCUUGCUCCUUUUAUUCGACCCAUUAUCAACCAGGUGUCCAAAACCUUGAAGGAGGGCUCCUCUGGCGUGCUCAGCGCCAGUGCCAAUUCUCAAUACGAGCCAUGGGAGAACCCCAGAAGCACGGAUCCAACGCACUCUAUGCUGUCAAAGGAUCAUUUUACAAACGUACUCAACUCUUGCGCGGGCCGUGUUGCAAGCACGGUUCUUCAGUAUACUGUCCCUCGUGUUCUCUAUGCAUGGGAGAACCCCAAUGUCCCCGUAGAUGAAGUCGCCAACGACGUACUGCGCGCAUUCCACCACCCAGCUCUUCGCCGCGGAGACGUUCAGAUCCAACAGGAAAUGUUCCGCACGGUACAGACCUGGGUUAAUGAGCAUCCUCGCCGGCACGACAUUGACCGUCUCCUGUCAUCGGAAUCCGUCAGACAGGGCAAAAAUCACAUCCUCAACCAGCAGAAGCAGAAGGGAGGCGGCGGUGGCCAUGGCCACGAUGCUUGGGAGACCAUCACCCAGCUUGGCCACGGCAAGGUCUCUGGAUCACUCUGGGAGCAGGUCAAGACUCGAGAUUUGAACUCUCUGGAAGGCAAUGAUGGUAAUCCAUCCGCCAACUAUAUGUCCAAUUCUCCAGCUCCUCCUUCGCGCUAUUCACCACCAGCUCAAGGUGGCUACGGCUACGGAGAGAGUGCCUCAUAUCACGCUCAGUCUCAUGCCGGAUCAUCACAGGGCCAUCCUGGUCAUUCCCAGGGCUACUCCCAGGGCUAUUCCAACCAACCGCAGUAUCAACAGCAGUACGGCGGGCAGCCUCAGCCUCUUCAUGGGUAUGGCGAUCCAGGCUAUGGUGGCCCUCCUCAACCGCAGUAUGCUCCGCACCAAGAGCACGGCCACGGCCAAGGACACCAACAUCAGUCAUCCCACUGGGAUUCACAGCAUGACCGCUAUUAA